GCCAUCUCCAUCAACAGCAGCAGCAGCACUGGGACGGUUCAGCUACUAAUGGUGCUGGUGGCGGCGGCGGCGGCGGCCCCCAAUCUGGGCCCCAGUCUGGCGGCGGCAGUGGUCGUGCCGUCCUAGCCAUGGACCCGGCAUCAGUGUCGGUCCGCGAGAUGUUGCUGUCGCAGGAGAUGCUGCGCGCCGCGGCCGAGGACGGCGGCUUCGGCGAGCUGACCCUGGCCGAGAUGAUGGACGAGGUCAAGAAGCGGCUGGACCGGGACCGGGAUCGGUAGACAGACUGGGAAAGGAGGUUUCUCUCCGUCCGCCUUGGGAAAUGAAAAUCUGUGGGCUUUGUAUUGUGCUGAGUGCUGGCUGCCGCUGUUACCGGAACUUUUGCUACGCUAGGCUGUGCUGCGUGUGUAGGAACUUUUGCUAUGCUGCGUGUGCAGGAACUUUGGCUACGCUAUGCUAUGCUGCGUGUGCAGGUUAGAUAGACUCGCGAGCUAGUGAUGCAUUCCGGCAACAUGACAUGACAUGACA